CAUUCUUCCCACUCGCAGUACCCGCUGUCUAGAGAUAGGUUGCAUCACGUUACGUCUCCUGCUAAACUCAGGAAAACGUAUUUUACCUCUCCUGUCACGGAAAAUCCACACAAGGAAGAUGCCUCCCGCUUCGGACUCCGGGGUGUCCUGCUGGUCCGAGUACCGAGACCCAGAGGUUGCGGCUAAGAUCGCGGCGACCCUUCGUGAGAGGAUCAUGAUCCUGGACGGAGGGAUGGGGACCAUGAUCCAGGGGUACCACCUGGAGGAGGACGGUUACCGUGGAGACGAGUUUAAGGACUGGCACAAGCUCCUGAAGGGGAACAACGAUCUGCUGAGCCUCACGCAGCCCAACAUCGUGUACGAUAUCCACAAGGCAUAUCUGGAGGCUGGUGCAGACUUUGCUGAGACCAACACCUUCAGCGGGACCAGGAUCGCCCAGGCUGACUACGGCAUGGAGGAACUGGUGUACAGACUGAACAAGGUGUCGGCUGAACUGGCCAAGAAAGCUGCAGACAAAGUCACAGCAGACACAGGUGUGCAGAGGUACGUGGUGGGAGCGCUGGGCCCCACCAACAGAACCCUGUCCAUCUCCCCUUCAGUGGAGGACCCUGGUCUCAGGAACGUCACAUGGGAUGAACUGGUGGAUGCCUAUGCUGAACAGGCGCGAGGGUUGCUGGAUGGCGGGUGCGACGUACUCAUGGUGGAAACCAUCUUUGACACGGCCAAUUCCAAGGCAGCGCUGUUUGCCCUGUCCCAUCUGUUUGAAGAAGAGUACAAGCCAGUUCCCAUCUUUGUAUCAGGAACUAUAGUGGACAGAAGCGGUAGGACGUUAUCGGGGCAGACCUCGGAGGCCUUUGUGAUCAGCGUUUCCCAAGCAGAGCCCAUGUGCCUCGGCCUGAACUGUGCCUUGGGAGCCACAGAAAUGAGACCAUUCAUAGAAGCCAUCGGCAAGAACACCACAUCCUACGUACUGUGCUACCCUAAUGCUGGUUUACCAAAUGCUUUAGGAGGCUAUGAUGAAACUCCAGAAAUAAUGGCAGAGCAUUUACGAGUGUUUGCUAAGGACGGCCUGUUGAACCUUGUCGGAGGCUGCUGUGGAACAACACCCGCACACAUCAAAGCCAUAGCAGAGGCUGUGCGACCCUUCAGACCCAGGAAAGUCCCCUCCGUGCUCCAUGAGGGGCACAUGCUGCUCUCGGGACUGGAACCCAUGUACGUUGGUCCGCACACGCUGUUCGUGAACAUCGGAGAGAGAUGUAACGUGGCGGGCUCCCGCGCCUUCAACAAGAUGAUCCAACGGGGGGACUAUGAGAAAGCCCUGAGUGUGGCUAAGCUACAGGUAGAGAUGGGUGCCCAGGUGCUGGACAUCAACAUGGACGAGGGUAUGCUGGACGGCAAGGCUGCCAUGGCGAGAUUCCUCAACCUCAUCGCAACGGAGCCAGAGAUCUGCAAGGUUCCCCUGUGCAUCGACUCCUCUAACUUCUCUGUGAUCGAGGCGGGGCUGAAGUGUGCCCAGGGGAAGUGCAUCGUGAACAGCAUCAGCCUGAAGGAGGGGGAGGAGGACUUCCUCAGGAAGGCCCGCACCAUCCGGAGAUACGGGGCAGCUGUGGUCGUCAUGGCGUUCGACGAGACGGGACAGGCUACAGAUGUCGAGCACAAGGUUCAAAUCUGCACAAGGUCGUACCGGCUGCUUGUGGACAAGGUCGGGUUCAACCCCUGUGACAUCAUCUUUGACCCCAACAUCCUCACCAUAGCAACGGGCAUGGAGGAACACAACGAGUACGCCAUUAACUUCAUCGAAGCAACGAAAAUCAUCAAGAAAACCCUUCCUGGCUGCCGGGUGAGCGGAGGCCUGUCCAACCUGUCCUUCUCCUUCCGAGGCAUGGAGCGGAUACGAGAGGCCAUGCACAGCGUUUUUCUCUACCAUGCCAUCAAGGCUGGAAUGGAUAUGGGCAUUGUGAAUGCAGGAAACCUGCCCCUGUACGAUGACAUCAGCGAGGAACUGCUGAAGCUGUGUGAGGAUCUCAUCUGGAACAAAGACCCCGAGGCCACAGAGAAGAUGCUGGCCUACGCACAGGUCCAUGGGAAAGGUGCUAAGAAGGAGCAGGAGUCAGAAGAGUGGAGAAGUCGGACAGUGGAGGAGAGAUUGGAGCAUUCAUUAGUCAAGGGAAUAGACAAGUACGUAGUGGAGGACACUGAAGAGGCGAGGGCCAACAUGGAGCUAUACCCCCGCCCCCUGAACGUGAUUGAAGGGCCCCUCAUGAAGGGGAUGAGUAUUGUGGGAGACCUGUUCGGCGCUGGCAAGAUGUUUCUACCCCAGGUGAUAAAAUCCGCCCGUGUGAUGAAGAAAGCCGUAGCCUACCUGAUCCCUUACAUGGAGGAGGAGAAGGCACAGAUGAAGGAACAGAUGAUGGCAGAAGGCACCUGGGAUGAGAACGCCAAGUACGCCGGCACCAUCGUCCUGGCAACCGUGAAGGGAGACGUCCAUGACAUCGGGAAGAACAUCGUCGGCGUCGUGCUGGGCUGCAACAACUACAGGGUCAUCGACCUUGGGGUCAUGACCCCCUGCGAGAAGAUCUUGAAGACGGCUGUUGAGGAGAAUGCUGACAUCGUCGGGCUGUCGGGUCUCAUCACCCCCUCGCUGGACGAGAUGAUCUUCGUCGCCAAGGAGAUGCAGAGGGUGGGGCUGAAACUCCCGCUGCUGAUUGGUGGAGCCACCACUUCAAAAACCCACACUGCAGUGAAGAUUGCGCCACGCUACAAGGAGCCUGUCAUCCACGUGCUGGAUGCCUCCAAGAGUGUCGUCGUGUGUUCAGCGCUGAUGGAUGAAGACCAAAAAGAGGACCUAACUGAAGAUGUUGCUGAGGAGUAUGAAGAAAUAAGGGAAGAACACUACGACUCUCUCAAGGACCGGAAAUACCUGGCUAUUGAAAAGGCGAGAACCCGGAAACUUGAGGUGCGAUGGGCCUCAUAUGAAGCAGUGCGUCCCAGCUUCACAGGCACGCUGGUGUUCGAUGACUACGACCUGGGCCGCCUGGUCGACUACAUCGACUGGAAACCCUUCUUCGACGUCUGGCAGCUCAGAGGGAAGUACCCCAACAGGGGCUACCCCAAGAUCUUCAAGGACAAGACAGUCGGUAAGGAGGCCAGGAAGGUGUUUGAUGAGGCUCAGGCCAUGCUGAAGAGGAUCAUGGAGGAGAAGCUGCUGACGGCGCGCGGGCUGCUCGGGUUCUGGCCGGCCUGCAGCGUCGGGGACGACGUCCAGGUGUUCCGGGAGGACAGCAUGCCGCGGGAGGGCAUCCCGCUCGCAACCUUCUACGGGCUCAGACAGCAGGCUGAGAAGGAGCCAGGCGUUACUGACCCUUACCUGUGCCUCUCGGACUGCGUGGCGCCCAAGGAGGCCGGCGUGCGAGACUACUGCGGGCUGUUUGCCGUGUCGGUGUUCGGGGCGGAAGACAUGUGCCAGAAGUUCAAGGCCGAGUUCGACGACUACAACAUCAUCAUGGUGAAGGCCCUGGCAGACAGGCUGGCAGAGGCAUUUGCGGAGGAGCUGCACGAGCGAGUGCGGAGAGAGUUCUGGGGUUACUCACCUGAGGAGCACCUGGACACCAGCGACCUGCACAGGGUCAGAUACGAGGGUAUCCGUCCAGCGCCGGGCUACCCCUCCCAGCCCGACCACACGGAGAAGCUGACCAUGUGGGAGCUGGCCGACAUCCAGAACGCCACCGGCAUCGUGCUGACGGAGUCCCUCGCCAUGGACCCUGCCGCCUCCGUGUCCGGCCUCUACUUCGCACAUCCCAAGGCGGUAUACUUUGCCGUGGGCAAGAUCGGGAAGGAUCAGGUUGAAGAUUACGCCAGAAGAAAGAAAAUGGACGUGUCGACUGUGGAGAGGUGGCUGGGACCCAAUCUAUCCUACGAGACAGACUAACACACACCUGGUACAAGCAGGGUUCUAGCCAGCUCGACAUUUUUUUCCGUCAGCCAAUUCCCAUUGUCGCGUAAACACUAUUCCAGGAGUUAGAGAGACUGAACUGAGACCUUGAAAAAUGGGUUUGAAUGAGAUUAUCGUUUGCGAAAGGACACCGACACACAUUGUCAACAAUCAUAACAAUAGCAAAACAAACAGUGUGUGGCUUUUACGGCUGUGGACGGUGUCCCCAAGCAGCCUGUAGCUUCCACCUACAUGUAGGAGCUUUUAUCAGAUUUUUGUCCGUCAAAUAAAGUUGACGGAUUGGUUUAAAAAUUUUUCCGUCACACGCAGCAAAUUUCCGUCAAUUGACGGAAAAACAGACGCUGGCUAGAGCCCUGGGUACAAGCAUGGGACUCUUCAGGAGAUCUCCUGGCACAUGGAUGGAGGAAGAACAGCUGCAAUUGAUCAUCAUUUGUAGCCUCUGUGGAAGCAGUUUAAAUCCUGCAUGCUGGCAUGAUGAAUGAAGAAACCAUUGUAUUAUUUCCACCAAUGUUUUAGUGACCGUCUGUCACCUUGGUCAGGGCAAUUCUGACUGGUUCAAAUUGCACUGCAUCUGGUGUUGCUAUGUUAAAUAUUUACAUACAUACUGUGCUUUACUUUAGGUCUGUGUCUUUGUGUGCCUUGUAUCUGUAGGAGCCGACUAGUAGUAUUGAGGCUUUUUGUGCCGGUGUGUCCUGUGACAUCCUGAGGAUGUGUCCAAAGACCACCUCGUCACCAAAACUAGUAAUUAAUGUUGAUGGAAUGAAACAACAAUUGUCUCUUCAUUCAGUGACUUACCACGGCACCUGAUGAUACCAAACUAUUCACGGAUGCUGGCAUGACAUCUCAUCUUUUUAUUACAAAGUUUAUGUUGUUUGUCUAUGAUAGUAUGAAGGAUUUGGAAGGUCCACCUUCACUUUGCCAUUUGCUCUAUUCAAUCACUCUGUUAUACAGAGGAAUUAUGAAAUGUGUACAAAAUUGAAUGAAAAGCUGUAAAAUGUGCUUAUUUGGUUAUGAAAAGAGAAAAAGAUUUGUCAAAAAAUGGAUAGAAAUAAGACUGCAAUGAAACUACAUGUAUAAGUGUAGGGUAAAGUGGAAUUUGUUGAUUUGGUUAGUUUGCUGUGUGUUGUAAAGAAACAUGCUGCUAUACAGCAAAGGGAAUAUGCAUUGGCACAUAAAUGGUAAUUUCCAAGCAGAUGUUGGGUUGGAAGAUUGAGACAGUUUCUGGCUGUUUUUCUCCAACAGGUCUGUAAAAGUAGGCCAGCAAGGAAAACAUUACAAUCUUCAAUCCCAACAUCUGCUUGGAGAAUACAGAAAUGACAGUGUGGUGGGGUUUUACAUGUACAUUCGGUGCAAGUCAAGUGUUGAACAAUACACAUGUGAAACAUGUGUUUGAAACUAUUUAUGUUCUGGUGAAUGCAAUAAAAGGGGGAUCAGAAACUAU